UAGAAUAUUAUUGGCAUGAGUGUGGUCGGUCCAGAGUUCGAGAAGCUAAAACGCUUUAACCUUGCAGAGCUCCACGAUGCAGCCGGAGAGGAGAAUGCACCCAAGUUGGGCUGAUGGCCUUCGCCGAUGAACGUCGCUCGCUUUCGUCUGUCCUGUCGGAACCGUCGCGUUUCCAGUUUCCACCACGCACUAAACGCUGUAAGUGUGUAUGUCAUUACUGGCCCUGGUCCAUCUGAGGGUGCUUCCAAGGUUCCCACCCGCAGGUGUUUUCCUCGUACAUGGUGGUAAUGAGGGCAAGCCUGUGCUACAAGCCUUUGGCCGGUUCCAGAGCAGCGGCUUGUCAGCAGUCCAAUUUGCAUGCCACGUCUCGUCUCCAGACUACUGGAUCUCCACUGGAAUUCGCGUAUGGCGCAUUCGUAUCCCACUCUUAGGAAAGAGCAGCCGUCUGACAAGGACGCGUCCCUUGGAGGCGUCCAGUUGUGGUCUGGGAUCCUUGCUUCAAAUCGGAUCAGCCGAAGUGCGAAGAUCUCGGCCUCUCCAAGUGGCAUACGCUAUAUGCUCGUUGUCUGAAGCGGAACAUUUCAAAUAUCAGCACUAUCUGAAACAAUCUUCCAUGAUCCAUUUCUUCCAAUCAGCGGGCCGUGCAACCGUCGAGCAGACUGACUUACCUGAACGGGUUAAUUUAGACGAACAUUGUGUCUGGCGGUCUUUGAGACACCUAGCGACGCCGUCAUGACCACACCUCGCUCAGUUAACGAGCGGUUACGAAUGCGGCGCAUAUCUAAUAAAGCCCAUCAGUGCGGAAGCAUUCCCUGCUUUUUCGCGAUUGUUAGGCGAGCCUGCAUAGCCGAAUUCAGCCUACGGUCCGACUGAGGUUGUGCUGGCGGCUUGUAACCUCUUCACGAGGGACUUGGAAAGUAUUGCAGCAUGGGCGCCCGUGGCUCGCGGUCCCUUGCUACCAGAAGCAUUUUGAGGAGAUCACCGUUCCGAUGGCCGGU